AUGUCUUUUGACGAAAAAACCGGCGUUUUCAAAAUUAAAAGAAAUAGAGUAACCUCCUCUUAUAAAUUAUGGAAGGUACCUGAUGGAGGAGAAGACAACAGGACUCCUCUAGAGAGACUCUACCAUUUCUUGUUCAAAGACGAGGGGGAUAAUCUCAACAAGUACUUUGAUGGAACACCUGAAGGAGAAACAUUUGUUACCACCAAAACCAUGAUAAUUGAUGAUUGCAGGGAAUACUUUGCCGAGCAAGGAAUAGAUCAGCCAGCUGCCCAGAUCAAAACCAGAAUUAAUUAUCUAAUUGACAAGCAGUACCUCCCUGCUCUUAAUCUUAUGAGACAUAGUGAGGAAUUCCCUAGUCAUUACAGGAAACUGGAGGAAAUAUGCCCUGAAUUUUUUAGGAUAAAUGAGAUCAGAAGACCAGGAGAAACAGAAUCUCCGUGUAUCUCAAACAGUGGCACUCCCUUUGACUUCGCCAACGAGUAUGGUCUAAGUAGUGCAUCCCGCAAGAAGAAAAUCUCUGGCAAGAAGAGAGACCUAACCGAUGCUCAACUUGAUGAAGAGAGAAGGAAAGAUACGGAGAAGAAGUUGAAGGUGGUGGAUGCCACCACCAAGGCUUGGCGGGACGAGAAGUUCGCCCUUCAAAAAGCUCAUUUUUUUAAGGCUAGGGAAGACCGUUUGAAGAAAGAGGCGUUUGAAGCAGAUGUGAAAAUGAUAUUUGAGAUGGCAAGUUUGUUUAGCUGGUCUGAAGAGAAAGUGCAAGAGGAGUAUGAAAAACGUUGCAAUAAAAGAAACAAUGAUUAA